ACUGGCUGACGAUCGCAGUUAGCGCGCUGUCACGACGGAGCACAUUCUGAGCAAAGGGCUCAGAUUUUAUUUUUGGACUGCCAUGGAGACUGGCCCUUCCAUUUGUAGGAAGGGGGUAUAGUUGCGCUCAACAUGAGCCUCCCGCUCUGACACUCCGGGCUGGGACAAGCAGGCAGCAGCCGGCCGACCCCCAAGGAGCAGUCACACAGGGGACUCCCCUGUCCGGCGUGUUUGUCAACAGUAAUAAGCAUUACCUGGGGGUUAAACUGCUCAUGGCUGCCAGUUAUAGCAAUGUCACCGAACCAGGCCUGCUGUCCCAGCAGUACCCUCCAGCUCUACUGCCCAAGCCUGGCAAGGAAAAUGUUAGACUCCAGAAACUACUCAAGAAAACUGAGAAAAAAAUCAAGAAAAAAGCUGUCCCUGAAACUGCAAAGACACCUGUCCCUUUCCGCUCAAACCUCUCCCCUGUGAAUGAAGCAAGCCCUGACUUGGAGCACAGUGACAACUCAACCCCUCCUAAAACCCCAGAGGCACCCUUCUACACACAGCACCCCAGAUUCGCUGUCAGGCCAGCCUAUCGGCAUGUACCAUCCCCUUACCCGCAACAACAAGGAGCCACCUUUGGUGGAACAGCAAGGUUCUCCCCAAAGCCAUAUGCUGCUCCAGCCCCCACCUUCCCCCAGCAUGUGGCCCCACUCUACACAUUUACUCCAACAGCCCCAUCACCCGUUCCAGGGCCAAUCUCGCAUGCAGUUGCACCCAAAAUGCCUGUGGCAACUUCCUCUGUGCCUGAAGUGACAAUGACCGCUGCUGCUCAAGUUGCUCCUCCAGUCCCUGCUCCAGUUGCUCCUGUCACUGUCAUUUCUGCUGCCACACAACCUACUCUUCGACUAGCCCCUGUUGUAAUACACUGCAAAAGUCCAAGUCCACGGUUUAAAGCUACCGAAGCUACACUAAAAGCACCCAAACCCAUGUUUGAUGUCCCUCAAAUUAGGGUAUAUACUGCAUCUAAGUCCCCCCUGCAUGAUUACACUGGAAAUACAUUUACUGCAGACACAUUACCUCGGAGUAAAACACCCACAUCAGACAUCAGAAGAGUAAUAACACCAACAGCUGAAAUCAGAAGGAGUGCAACACCGGCAUCUGAAGUGAAAAGCAGUUUAACUCCGACAUCAGAAAUCAAAAGGGUUGCAACAUCUGAAAUGAAUCAAGGUACAACGCCGACAUCGGAAAUCAAAAGAAGUUUAACACCGACACCUGAAGUCAAAAGGAGUGCAACACCUACAUCUGGGGUAAAGAGAGGUUUAACGUCCAGACCUGAAAUCCAAAGGAGUGCAACGCCUACAUCUGAAGUGAAAAGAGCUAAAACGCCAACUCAUGACUUUUUAACACCAAGAACUCAUUUAGGUCGACCUAAGACACCCUCAUAUCAUGUGUCCCGUGUCAAAACACCUGUUAUUGAAAUAUCAAGACCCAACCCACUUUUAUUUGCUGUCUCACCCAUUACUACAGAGGCACAGAGAUCUAAAACACCAACACCUGGUUCUAAUUCUGCCAGUCCAUCUUUGUCUGGUUCUCAAAAUCUGACAACCUCUGAGCCUGAGCCUUCAAAAUCACCAUCAACUAGUCAGGGUGCAAGAACUCAGAAUGGGGACGCGACGUCAAAAGAGACUCCUACAGCUAAAUCACCUCCUGAAAACACUUCAAAACCAGAGGCUCCUCGACAAGAAGCUCCAAUAGUUGAGUCUACCAGACCAAAGACCCCUACAGCUCUAUUAGGCUAUCAAAGACCCAAGACCCCAACAAAUGUCACACCAACUCCUACAGCACCCUCAUAUCAAAGACCCAAGACUCCAACCAAAGAAACAUCAAAACCUACAGCACCCUCAGAUGGGUAUCAAAGACCCAAGACCCCAACAAAUGUCACACCAACUCCUACAGCACCCUCAUAUCAAAGACCCACGACUCCAACCAAAGAAACACUAAAGUCUACAGCACCCUCAUAUGGGUACCAAAGACCCAAGACUCCAACCAAAGAAACAUCAAAACCUACAGCACCCUCAGAUGGGUAUCAAAGGCCCAAGACUCCAACAAUUAUCACACCAAAGCCUACUGCACCCUCCUAUCAAAGACCCAAGACUCCAACCAAAGAAACACUAAAGCCUACAGCACCCUCAUAUGGGUACCAAAGACCCAAGACUCCAACCAAAGACACAUCAAAACCUACAGCACCCUCAGAUGGGUAUCAAAGGCCCAAGACGCCAACAAAUGAGACACCAAAACCUACAGAAGUCUUAGAUGGAUAUCAAAGGCCCAAGACUCCAACAAAUGAGACACCAAAGCCUACAGCACCCUCAUAUGGAUAUCAAAUGCCCAAGACUCCCUCAAAUGAAGGGCCUAAACCUAUGACUUCAACAAUUGGGUAUCAAAGGCCAACAACACCAGCAGUUGGGUAUCAAAGACCACAACCACCAGCAGGGUAUCAAAGACCAAAGACUCCCACAGCUGGGGUAUCAUCCAUAGGAUUUCAAAGGCCCAAUACACCAACAUAUGUGGCCCCUAAACCAACCCAUACAUAUUAUGGGUUGACUCCUGCUGCAUAUGUUGCCCAUGGUGGAAUCCAAAGUUUCUCACCUUCAUUCGGCAUAUCCAGGUCUAAGACGCCGGCUCUAGAGGAAUCUAAAACUCCAACGCAAGAGUUGGAAGGAUCUAAAAUACCUAACCAAGAGUUAGCUAAAACAUCUUCCCAAGAGUUACUUGUAAAAACACAUCCUUUGCCCAUGGUGUCCAACCAGGAAGCAUCCUCCAAAGAGCAGGAAAUAAUAACUUUAAAUGAGGCCAUAGUAUCCACGACUCCAGCAGUGAAACUUCUGAUUCCAAUCAUUGUUGUUACACAAGCUGAAGAUGUCUCAGAACCAAGCGUAUCCACAGCUGUGACCAGUAAAAUGCAAACUCCUUUUGCAGAAACGCUAAAUGUUAAAGCUGUGGCCCACACAAGACCAUGGGCUAAAACUCCAACACCUGAGAUUAGGAAACCAGAGGUUAAAACCCCAGUGAAAACCCAAACUUAUGGAGCCACCCCAAAACCCAAGACACUCACCCCAGAAACCCAACACCCUGUGCUUGCUGCUGCAAACAAAGAUGCCAGCAAGACAAUACCUCCUGUCUCAAAAACAGAAUCUCCUGUGGCUAAAGCCAGUGUGGCACAACAAAAAGACUUAAAGGAAUCAACAGAGCCUAAAACGCCCACCAAAGCAACCUCUGAGGCUAAACCAGCAGGGACAAAGCCUUCGGGGGCUGUUCAGUCUCCGACUAAACCAAAGGAUAACCAGGAAGCCCAACCUGAAAAGGUGGUAUCAGCUCCAACCACACCAUCAACAGAGAAGGAAGUGGGAAAAUACUCUUUCCCAGCAGCUGAACCAAUUCUUAAAGUGAUCCAAAAGCCAAAGGGCAUGAUGAAGUCUAAACUUAGUGGUUGGUCACGGCUCAAGAAGCACAUGGUGGUGGAAGAAGAACCACCUACGUUCCCAGAAUCAGAUCCUAUGAAAGAAACCGCAAAGGGAACUGAGCAGGAGGGAGGUGAAGUGAAAAAGGAUGAAAAGGGGUCAUUUAAAGACAUGGUGGCUGCCGUAACAGCCGACGAUCCUCCCAAGGCAGCGAAGAAGUGGGAUUCUCUUCUCUUCGAUAUGUUCUCCUCUAAAGAGAAGAUUAUGCAGGUGAUUGAAGCUAGCAAAAGUGAGGAGGAGAAAAAAGAGCAGCCAAAGGAAACACCAAAAGAAAUCCCAUCUUUCGCCCAUCGUCUGCCUGUCCUCCUUUUCAGCCCAAGGUUUGAUGCCAAAAGGCUAAGAGAGGCUGCAUCAAGGCCACUUACAAAAAUUUCGACAGUGUUUGAGAUGGGUCUCAUAGGGCGUAAAAAUAAAGAUGAGGAACCAAAAGACUUUAACAGAACAGCUAGAGGGUUCACUUGUCCUUAAACCAUGUCUCUUUGGACUGGUAAAGAUGAAACAGAAGAACAUUUUGAAAAAUUUGGUUAAGUGUUUUAUGUGUACAGGUGUAGAAAUAGUAGUCAUAAUGUACAGGUCCUGUGUAAUAGUCUCUCUGCUUGACACAGGAUACAAUAUUUAAGACGGUCUCUUAGAGAAUGUGGUCUGAACUUUAUACUUGAGCACUGAUUGUUCUGUCGUCUGACUACGUUACGGAUAUGUCUGAACGUCCCUUUCUCUGAUAGUAUGAAAAUAUUACCUUGAAAAUCAGAGAAUAAGGGAAAAUAUAUUUUGUCUUAAAGGAAUUCAGACAUCUCAUGAGAUUAAAAUGUACAAAGAUUAAGUAAAUCUCAGAAUUUCUUUUUUGUCCACUGUUAAAACAUGAUAGGAGAAUGAAUGGCUUUUUCAGACCUCUUCACAUCUUUUUUUCAAACGUGGUCCUGAGACUGUAGUGUGAUGUACUUAGGUACACCACCUACUGAAAACUAGACUGUACAGUAUAUUGAUGCAGGAUUUGGGUAUCUGAAGAAAUUUGAUUCCAGGGCAUUCAGAGUAAUGUUUCCAAAUAAGGAUGAAAAAGGGAGGAGAGGAUGAAAGUAGUAGGAGUGUAUAUUUCCCCAAAUGGUACUAUUUACGUAUGUUUUUCAAAUAGACUUUAGAUACUCAGGCGCUUCUUAGAAGUUAGAAUGUUUGAGUAGACUGCAUAUGCUUAUGCCAGCUUUGCUUUCUUCCUUUUUAGGAGUACAGGUUAGUGAGAAUGUUAUUUGAAAAAUUGGGUUGCUAACUCCUGGGGGGAUGAGGCAACUCUAUGAAGGAAGUGUUUGACUGUUGGCAUGGAUGGAUGAGGGGUCAGGGGGAGGCCUUGUGGGAUAUGGAGGCAAGUGAUGAUAAAUGCGAUGAAAAAUGUAUACAGUAAGUACUUAGGGACGAAUCCUAAUUUGAGAUCCACAAAUUUCCCCAUUGACAUCAAUGCAGGAUUAACGUGAAAGUAAAAUUGAAUGAAAUAGCAUAUUUCACACACAGUUUUCAAAUAUGCAGCUUUCAAACGAGGGACCCAGAAGGGUCAAGAGCUGACAGUGACAUUUGACCUUAAGGUUCUCUAGGUUCGUAAGCUUGUUAUUGAUGCUUUACAUUUUAUUUUCAUGCAUAGUCUAUUUAAAAAGAUUAAGAACAUUGUCUCCUAUUGACAGAGUGAUGUUCAACCAUUUUGCAAUCUGAUGUUUAUCUGUAUAAGUGUACAGUAAAUGUUAUUUUCUAUAUAUUUUUGAUAAAAGAGAAAAUUAAAAAAGAGCUUGAAUAGGAAAAUGACAUAGAAAGUUCAUCUUGAACUACAGAAUGAAAUAGAGAAAAUGUAUUCUGUAGUGAAGAUAAUGGGCAGAGCAAGGUCAAGGGCAAAGCUAUUGCCCUUUUGGUGUUUGAUAAAAGUAAUAUUAUUGAAUUGUAGCUGGUAUUUUGUAGAUAUAAUUGUUUUAUUUUUAUCUGCAGGACCAGCAGAAUAAAAAGGUGUUUUUUGCCUAAGA